GUGUCCUACCUCCCAUCAGUGCACCUACCGUACAACACAAAGCGUCAUUGUGGCCAAUGUCCAACCAGUCCACAUGGGUGGAAUCCUCCCAGGGACCAGGACAUGCCCAGGGUGUCCUACCUCAUGUCAGUGCACCUACCGUAAAAGAAACAUUACAGUGUCCCAGGUCCAACCAGUCCACAUGGGUGGAAUCCUCUCACAGAACAGGACAUGGACAGGGUGUCCUUCCUCAUGUCAGUGCACCUACCGUAAAAGAAACAUUACAGUGGCCCAGGUCCAACCAGUCCACAUGGGCAGAAUCCUCUCAGGGAACAGGACAUGCCCAGGGUGUCCUUCCUCAUGUCAGUGCUGUAGAUAGGACUGUCCUGGAGGCACUGCGGGAGAUCGACCUCAAAAUAGGUUACUUAACAUCACUUGAGUCAUUCAUUGGUGGCCGCCGGAUUCUGCCCCCACAACAGCUUGCAGGCGAAGAAGAGGUUAAUUUUAUUCCUCUAAAUUCAAUUGAAGACCUUGAAAAUAUGGAAGAAAGACUUCAGAACAAUGAACUGAGGCAAAGGAUGAUUAGCAUGCUGUCACUUAGUGGAGGAGCUUCCAUGAUUAUUGUUGUUAUAGAGAUGGGUCUGCUGCUAGAACUCUGUGUGGCAUUCAACUGUUCUCUGAUCUGA